CCCUUCGGAGUGCCCGCCUCGGCCACCGUGCGGCGGCGCGCGCAGGCCGGCCUCUGCGUGUGCGCCGGCAGCGAGCCGGUGUGCGGCAGCGACGGCGGCACCUAUGCCAACCUGUGCCAGCUGCGCGCCGCCAGCCGCCGUGCCGAGAGGCUGAGCCAGCCGCCGGUCAUCGUUCUGCAGCGCGGCGCCUGCGGCCAAGGGCAGGAAGACCCCAACAGCUUGCGCCACAAAUACAACUUCAUAGCUGACGUGGUGGAGAAGAUCGCUCCGGCUGUGGUUCACAUCGAGUUGUUUCGCAAGCUUCCUUUCUCUAAGAGGGAAGUGCCGGUGGCCAGUGGGUCAGGGUUCAUCGUGUCCGAGGAUGGGCUGAUAGUGACCAACGCCCAUGUGGUGACCAACAAGCACCGGGUCAAAGUGGAGCUGAAGAGCGGCGCCACUUACGAAGCCAAAAUCAAGGAUGUGGAUGAGAAGGCGGACAUUGCCCUGAUUAAAAUCGACCACCAGGGCAAGCUGCCCGUCCUGCUGCUGGGCCGGUCCUCGGAGCUGCGGCCAGGAGAGUUUGUGGUCGCCAUCGGAAGUCCGUUUUCCCUUCAGAACACGGUUACCACCGGGAUUGUCAGCACGACCCAGCGAGGAGGCAAGGAGCUCGGGCUGCGCAACUCGGACAUGGACUACAUCCAGACGGAUGCCAUCAUCAACGACGGUGAGGUGAUCGGAAUUAACACUCUGAAAGUGACUGCAGGAAUCUCCUUUGCGAUCCCCUCGGAUAAAAUCAAGAAGUUCCUCACUGAGUCCCAUGACAGGCAGGCCAAAGGGAAAGCCAUCACCAAGAAGAAGUACAUCGGCAUCCGCAUGAUGUCACUCACGUCCAGCAAAGCCAAAGAGCUGAAGGACCGCCACCGAGACUUCCCCGACGUGCUCUCGGGAGCGUACAUCAUUGAAGUCAUCCCUGACACCCCAGCAGAAGCUGGUGGUCUCAAGGAAAACGACGUCAUAAUCAGUAUCAAUGGACAGUCGGUGGUCUCCGCCAAUGACGUCAGUGAUGUCAUUAAAAAGGAAAGCACCCUGAACAUGGUGGUCCGCAGGGGCAACGAGGACAUUAUGGUUACAGUGAUUCCCGAGGAAAUUGACCCGUAG